CGUUCAGUUGAUUAGAUUUAGUUCAUAAGCCAAAGUUCAAUGUUAAAUUACCGUCAUAAAAUCUAUAUUGACAAUAUGUAUCAUUUCUAGAACUACAUCUUAUAGGAUAAUAUUCAUACAGUGAUUGUGACAGUUUUAUAAAAAUGCGCGCCUACAUUUUAUUUGGCAUCGUGAUAGCUUGUUUUCAAAGUGAAAGUGUAAUGAUUUGUGACAUAUGUGACUGCCAGCAGAAAAGUGGACCGGCUACAGUCGGUGUAGUAGUAAACUGCUCCUCCCACGAAGGAUUGCUUGAAGUGAAUCCUAUUCUACCAGAUGCGUUCAUUACAUUGGAUUUGUCCAGAAACAACUUAACAAGCAUUCAACCUGCGAGUAUUUUCCAAUCAGAAACAUUAGUUGAACUAUUAUUAAAUAGAAAUUUCUUAAAAGAAAUAAAUUUAUAUUCGAACCGAUUGCCGCAACUGAAAAGAUUAGAUUUAAGUGAAAACCAACUUGAACAAUUGAAUCCUAAUUUGUUUAAAGGUUUUACAAAAUUGGAAUAUUUGAAUCUCGCCAGUAACAAGUUUACUGCUAUGAGUCAACUGAAUUUCAACUCUUUGGUAAAUUUAAAAGAGAUCAUUCUUGACAAUAAUAAUAUAGGAGACGAUAUAGAAACAAGACCACUGUUUGAUGAACAAGGCUACGGGUUACCAUUAAAUAUACAGAGUAUCUCUAUCAGCGGCAUCAACUUAGUAAAUUUAAAUUUGGAAUAUUUCAAACCAGUUGACAAAACACUGAGGAAGUUAGUAAUAUCUAAUAAUAAUCUUACUAUAUUUGUAAAGUUACCUCAGCGCUUAGAAUAUUUGGAUUACUCCAAUAAUCCCAUUAGAAAUAUAUCAUCAAAUGAUUUCUACUUGUUGGAGCCUUUGGUAUAUUUGAGAGAGCUGAAACUCAACAAUCUAGACAUCGAACAGGUACCCCAAAAUGUAUUCUCAACAUUAAUGCUCACUAAUUUGGAAUUGAAAGAUAAUAAAAAUUUAAAAGAAUUCAGCAAUUUAACAUUCGGCAGACAAUUGUUGAGUGACACAUAUGAUUUCUACCUCGAAAACCUUACACUAAGAGGCUCUAAUAUCUCCACUCUCGACAAAGGAUUGUCAGUUUUAUUUGUAAAGGUGAAAAGAUUGGACCUACAACAGAAUCCGUGGGUAUGUGACUGCCGACUUUCCUGGUUACGGAAAUUAUCAAUAGCUCCUGAUUUAACUGAUGAUUUAAGAUGCCGAUCACCAAGAUAUCUCUAUAAUAAAAGAAUUUUCGACUUGGACGAAAAAGACUUCGUUUGUCUUAAGUCGUGGUGGAACGAAUCCGAGGUCGGAGUGACAAUUGGUCUCGUAUUUUAUUCGUUACUUGUUUUUGUAACUUUCACCUGGAUUUAUGUAUUUAUAUAUCACCCAGACCCUAAAGUGAAUAGACAAGAAUAUUCUAAACUUUAAAGACAUUAAAUCGACCUAUUACAUGUUUUUGUGUAUAUUCAAGUGUAUUUUCCUAAAAUUAUUGUGAGGCUUUGACAUUAUAAUAAUUAUUUUCAU